GAACGAAGGAGCGCGCCGUCGGGGAGCGCGCGCCGGGGUUCCCUCGUGACGUCACGCGGGGUUUCCCUUCGGGGUGACGCGCGCUGGCCACGCCCGGGGGCGGAGCCGCGCCCAGCCGUCCCUCCCCGCCUUAUUGACGUCACUGGCGCCACGUGGCCCACCAUUUCGAAAGGCGGUGCGGCCACGCCCCCUCCCGACGGCGAUUGGUCCGUACGGAGAAAAGUGGGCGCGGAUUGGCGGCGCCGCGCGGGGCGGGGCGGAUCCGAAGAGUGAAUGGACGGGGCGCGGAGCACGGGGCGGCGGCGGGACCUCCGGUCGGCGGCGCGGAGCGGCCCCGGGCGCGGCAGCGGGAGCGCGGCAGAUACGCGGUGGCCGCCCCCAGCGGCCGGGCCAUGGGAACGCCGGCCUCGGUAGCGAGCGAUCCCCCGGGACGAGCGGCGCCCGCCGCCCGCGGCCGCAAGCGGGCCUCGGCCAACAUUUUCCAGGGCGUGGGGCUGCCGGAGCUGCGCAGCCUGUUCCAGAGCGGCGGGGCCGAGAGGCCCGAGGAGCGCGCUCGUCUCGUCUGGCGCUACGCAGGGCAGCGCCGCAUGGCGCGGGCGCUGCGACAGCUCAGGCGGCGGAAAGCGGCACGGCGCGGCGUUGAGACGACGGCUUUACGGCGCUUCGGCCGCCUCCGGAUCACCGAUAAGGAGCCCGAGGGAGAUUGCAGGGACGGGGCGGCCUCGGCACCCCUGCAGCAUCACUGAGUGCGCAGCAGGCCUGCCAUACAGACCGGGCACACCGAGGACACUAAGUGUACAGGACAUGAGUGUACUGGUUAAUAAAAGGUGGACCCGCA